GGAGGUCACUGUUGUGGCUAACUUCACACAGGUGGAACAACGGACCAUGAAAGAUGACAUGUUAUAUAGUCGUGAAAAUCUUAACUAUUUAUAUUUUCUAAAGUUAAAUAGAUCUAAGUAAUAUAAUAUGUGUAAAAGAUUGCGAAUCCAGAAUUGUAUCCAAACAUUUGCAAACUUGACAACAAACCAAAAAAUAUAUAUAAAUUGCAUAUUGGAGCGCGGUGGAGUCUGGCUGAAGUUAGCUUGUUCGGCUAGUCAGUUAGCUAGCUAGCUAAUCAACUAUCAAGAAGAACGAACAACCUGGGAGAAACGGCAAAAAUAAAAAACAAAAAUGAUCGUUUGAACAUCCAAAUAGUAAGGUUGCCUUUAGGAAUUAACUUGAGCUACGGAUGAAUUGUUUUUAUUGAUGAUUUGGAAACAAGGUGUGUGUGUGUGGGGGGAAAUCAACUUAGCGAAGAAACACAACUAGCUAGUUAGCUAGCUAGCUACAAGACAAAACUGCAAUGUUGUUAGGGCAACAAGGACUGGUUCGCCGCUGUGGCAACCCCUCGGUGUGUAGAGGCUGGCCGCAUUCGGUUCAGUGGAGACUCGGGGGUUUAUUAUUUUUCCUGCUGUUGGUGGAAAGGACCGUGUGUCUCGCCAGCACUAGCAGUGUCCCUGCUCCGGUCAUCAACAACCUCCACAGUGUCAACGUCUACAUGAGCGAGGAGGAGGUCAAGAAGCUUUUGGGUCUAGAUGCAGAGCUGUACUAUGUGAGGGAUGACGUGGUGAACCACUAUGCUCUCUCCUUCAUCCUGCCUGUACCCAGUGAGACCAACAGCCUGCACUUCACCUGGCGCUCCAAGGAUAAGGUUGAAUACAGGAUGGGUUUCCAUGUAGACAACCCUGCAGCAAUGAACCAACCACAGAGCAACAUCUCUACCCAGGGGGAGGUGCCUCGCACAGCCUCAGGUCUGUCAACCAAUCAUCACUUCCCAUCCUCCGCUGUUUUCAGAGUGGACCUGUUCUGCUCAGGGAAGGUAGACGGAGAGGCGGUCCUGACAGUACAGCUCAACCUCACCAUCCACUCUAACAACUUCACAGUCCUCAACUUCAAGAGGAGGAAAAUGUGCUACAAACGAAUUGAUUCUGAUCCGAAGAUAACACCGGUCUCCAACAACAAGACCAUUCAGAGGCCAGAGAAUGGAGUGUCCAUUCCUACCACCUCUACCAGGGUGUUCUAUAUCAGUGUCGGGGUGUGCUGUGCUGUCAUCUUCCUGGUUGCCAUUGUCCUGGCUGUUAUGCAUUUACACAGCAUGAAGAGAGUAGAACUGGACGACAGUGUUUCAGACAGUGGCAGUUCCCAGGGCCUGUCCCAACCGUCCACCCAGACCACCCAGUACCUGAGAGCUGACACACCCAACAACGCCAGUGCUGUCACCAACCAUCACCCUGGCACUGCACCCAUUCUCCAGCUUGCUGCCGCCACCUUCCCAAACCCUGAUGCCCCAAUCCAUGAAACCAGAAGCUACCCGUCCCUGCGUAUAGAGAAGAACGACCUGAGAAGCGUUAGUCUGCUGGAAGCCAAAGCCAAGGUCAAAGACAUCUCCAUCUCCAGACUGAGAGUCACUCUACGGGACGUCCUGCAUGAAGGAACAUUUGGCCGCAUCUUCCACGGUGUUCUGUUGGACGAAAAGGACCCGGCCAAGGAGAAAUAUUGCUUUGUGAAGACAGUGAAAGACCAUGCCUCUGAGAUGCAGGUGACCAUGAUGCUGACGGAAAGCUGUAAACUACGAGGACUUCAUCACAGGAACCUGCUCCCAAUCAGUCAUGUGUGUACAGAGGAAGGAGAGAAGCCUAUGGUACUACUGCCCUAUAUGAACUGGGGUAACCUCAAACUGUUCCUGAGACAGUGCAAGCUGGCUGAAGCCAACAACCCACAGGCAGUCUCUCAGCAGGACUUGGUCCACAUGGCGAUCCAGAUAGCAUGUGGGAUGAGCUACCUGGCCAGGAGAGAGGUCAUCCACAAAGACUUGGCCGCCAGGAACUGUGUUAUUGAUGACAGUAUGCAGGUGAAGAUCUGUGACAACGCCCUGUCCAGAGACCUGUUCCCCAUGGACUACCACUGUCUGGGAGACAACGAGAACAGGCCGGUCCGCUGGAUGGCCCUGGAGAGCCUGCUCAACCAUGACUUCUCUACUGCUAGUGAUGUGUGGGCGUUUGGGGUAUCCCUGUGGGAGUUGAUGACCUUGGGACAGACGCCCUACGUGGACAUCGACCCCUUCGAGAUGGCAGCCUAUCUGAAGGACGGAUAUCGAAUAGCACAGCCAAUCAACUGUCCCGAUGAACUGUUUGCAGUGAUGGCCUGUUGCUGGGCCCUGGAUCCAGAGGAGAGGCCGAAGUUCCAGCAGCUGGUCCAGUGUCUGACUGAGUUUCAUGCAGCGUUGGGGGCAUACGUGUAAAAUCUAGCCCUAAGCUUCAGUACGGACCAGGCCUGAAGGACCAGCAGGCCCAGGACUUACUGGACAGCACUAAUCACAAUGAGGAAUACAUUUACAAACCUUAUGCCUUAUAGAAAAGAAAGAAGACUUUCAUUAUUCUGAGAAUUUUUUUUUGGAGUGAGGUUUCUAUAAUUUGUGCAAGCUUCAAUGGAUUCUCUUUCAGAGGUCGUCAUAUUUCCCAGCAUACCUCACAAGCUUCCAGAACAGACCUAUACCCUCACUAUGAAACGUGACCCCACAAGGACGUGACCUCUAUUGGAAGAACGUAAGAAGCUUAUAUGUGCCAACAAGCUGUUGCCACCAUUUUCCUAACAACUACACUUUUGAGGACUUGUUUGUAAAGACAUUUUUUUCCCUUUUUUUUUUUUUUAAU